CUGUCGGAUUGUGAGCGAGGCAGCUAGCGGCUGUUAGCGUAAGCAGUUACACACACACAUACACACACAAAGUGGGAGUCACACAUAUUCAUACAUACACACAUACGCUCACUUACGAAUGUUACAGUAAAGACACUGAGAUAUAAACAAUGCCUCAAAAGGGAGUCACUGUGUCUUAACCCGAUGGAUUGGAGUGAUUGCUGGCUGGCAUAUUCUGGACGGUUUUUUCUUACAAUUAUUCAAACAAACCUCUGCCUCAUUUCUGGCUGAUUUGAAGGAGAUAACCAAUUUCGUCCGCUUUGGUCAGAUGGCUGCAUUUAUUUGUUAAUCAUAACGCCAGAGGAUUGCCUCCAUUUCUGGGCUGUCAUCGUCUUUGUGAUACACAUUACUGCUGCUAUUGUUACUUGUAACAAGCAAAAGAAAUCUUUCAGCUGCAGCCUAAUAUCUGGGGAGGACGUUUCGUAAUGAUAUAAAACAGAAAGGAAGGAAGGCUUUUUUUAAACCUUGGUGCGCUGUAGCCUACUGCCGUUUUCCUGAUGGUGGACCGACAAUACUUUUUGGUUUGUUGGAGAAAUGAGAACAUUUUUAUCUUAAGAUUGAAACAUUUGUUCGCGAGACGACGUUUGGGUUUGUAACAAGCGCGGAUGGCUGAACGUGAGAGACAGGUAUUUUUAUCGCUGUUUGUCUGCAGACUGGUUUUAUUUGCAAAGUGAAAGAAGGAUUAAACAUUCCUGUUCUCUGUUGCCUGUUGUGUAGUAGGCAAGCACCGAUACACUGCACGGCGGCGGUAAGAAAACAAAUCUAUAAAUAGCUCCUGCAAUUCUCGAAAACUAUCACAACUGGUGCACAAGCUUGUUGGUCUGACGGAAUAGAUUUUUUGCAUUCUUCGUUACCAGUUAUUGGGAAAUUUUGUCGCAGACACUUGCACGCUGUUUAUUGUUCAUGGCAGAGCGAAAUAAACGUGACAACCACGACUGGAUCAUCUGAAAGAAGUUACUGGAUUCUGUAAACAUUUAUAUUUGUUCAUUUUCAUGGAUUUUAUCACUGGGAAAAAUCUGAAUAGGUCAACUUCGUAUGGAUUAUGCUGUUAUUUAAUCGUUAAACUAUCGACAGAAAGACUGGAAUGGACACGGAUUGCAAUUUCUACCCUCCGGGAUUAAAAACACGGAUAUAUAUUUUACAUCUGAAAAUGAUUAGGCUUGGACCGCCUGACCUGGAUUGUGUGAUUUCUCUAAUCUGCGAACAUACUUGGAUUUACAAAACAAACUAUUAGUCUGCUCUUGGAAUAUAUAGGAGGGGUUAGCCGAUAUUUUGAUUCUUUUACCCUCAUCACGCCCCCUCCAGAUACAUUUUUUAUCUUAUGCCAGUUGAUACAAUUUUACUGAACAGGGUAAAUCGUUGAUCUGGCGGUCAGCUCUCUGUGCUGAAGCGGUGGCGUGGCUUACUCGUGAGGGAACCGAUUUGCCACCCCUGCUCGGUUCUGAUACCGAUCACGGAUUUCGACAUGCCCUGCUCUGACGACCCCAUCGGCGGACGAUUAUGACUACAGCAGCGAAUUGGGUGGCUAACGGGGCAAGCCUUGAAGACUGCCAUUCCAACAUUUUCUCCCUGGCGGAACUGACCGGCAUCAAAUGGCGGUGCUACCACUUCCGCAGCGGAGGCGAGUAUGGGCCGGUGAUCUCGGCCCCUGCACCGGACGACCCGGUGCUGCGGAGCUACACGCGCUGUGUGCAGGCCAACCUGCUGUGCGUGUGGCGCCGCAAGGUCAAGCCCGACGCCAAGGAGCUCUGGAUCUUCUGGUGGGGCGAGGAGCCCAACUUGACCGACGUCAUCCACCACGAGCUGGAAGUUGCUGAGGAAGGACUCUGGGAGUGUGGUCUUUCCUAUGAGUGCAGGACACUCCUCUUCAAAGCCAUUCACAACCUGCUGGAGAGGUGUCUGCUGGAUAAGGACUUUGUGCGCAUUGGGAAGUGGUUUGUGAAGCCACACGAACUGGAAGAAAAGACCCUAGGCAGCAGCGAGCACUUGUCAUGUGCGUUUACAUUCUUCCUGCACGGUGAGAGUAAUGUGUGCACCAGUGUGGAGAUAGCCCAGCACCAGCCAGCCUACCACAUCAGUGCCCAGCACAUCCACCUGGCCCAGACCUCAUCCAGCCCUGUGCAAGUGAUCCUGAGUCCGUACGGGUUGUGCGGCACGCUGACGGGUCAGACGUAUAAGAUGAGCGAGCCGGCUGUGAGGAAGCUGAUGGAGGAGUGGAGCCACUUCUACCCCACUGUACUCCGCCGCCGGAGCCCCGAGCCUGAGCGCACUGACCAGACGGCCGACCUGAACUACGACGUCCAUGGACACGCCGCCGUUGAGGUCAUCGUAGGCGGCGUGAGAAUGAUCUACCCAGCAGCCUUUGUGCUCAUCGCUCAGAGCGACCUGCCUGCGGAGCAGCCCCCUUCGGCCCCGGGCAGCCAGGGGGGUGGCAGGGACCUGUCCGGCUGUGGCAUCCCGCUCACCCCUCCCACGUCGCCCGAACAGCCAUGCUCAGGUGAUAGUGGCUUUCAGACAGCGGUGUCCAGUGUUAACAGCCAAGAGGGCUGCAUGACCCUCAGCCCAAAGCACUCUGGGAAGAAGCUGACCAAUCAGAUGGUCCAUCAGGCCUGGAAGGAGUGCUACCUGAACCAGCUGCAGCGCAAGGCCAGUCUGUCUAGCAGUGCAGUGUCGGCGGCGGCGCCGCCCGUGAAGGAGCCAGUGCCAAGCGGCGGCGCCACGGCAGCGGCAACGGCAGCGGCCACAUGGGACUUCACCAGCCCCGGGGAGAGAGUGGCCUGCAGCUGUUCCAGGUUAAAGCAGCAGAAGCAGCAGCAGGCCAGCUCAGCAUCUGCCAGCACCGCGCCCGGUGCCAACGCCGCCCCCUCUUCUACCACCACCUCCUCUUCCUCUUCCUCCUCCUCCUCCUCUUCCUCUGCCACCUCCUCCUCCUCCACCCCGUCCUCCUGCUCCCUGCCAGCCUUGCCCCCGCCCGCGCCUCCUCCGUCCAAGCACAAGGUGGCCGACAAGCCGGACAAGUCGGACAAGCAGGCCAAGCGACCCACCGUCACCCCCUUCCACCACCGGGUGUCCGCCAGCCAGGGGCCCACAUGCCCCGACCACGAAGCCCAGCAAGGGGGCCCUCAGCUGGGCUUAGUCCCACUGGAGCCCCCCUUAGAGGCUCUGCCCGGGUGCAACAAGUACCCGCCCAAGCCGCUGUCGUCCAUGCGGAAGGGGACGGCCGAGUCGCUCAUGCACUCGCCCAUCUCCCCGCUGCCCCCGACGCUGAGCCCCCACCCACGGGGGCAGCAGGAUCCCGAGGCGCUGGACGUGUCCGCCAGCCUGCCACAGUGCCAAGAUGGGCCGAUGGGGGGCCCCAUGGGGGGGCCCAUGGAGGUGAGCGAGACGGCCCUGUAUGCGCCACCUCUGGGCCCCAGAGACGCAGGGGGUGGAGGGGGCUGGUGGAAAGGCUAUAAGACCCCCUGUGUGGAGAGGAGCGACUUGAGACCCCCGGAUCUGCCCAGCGCCGAGAGAGUGGAGAGCAAGACCGACACAGCCGCAGAGGGCAUGGCACUGAAAAGGCUGUUCACACAGACGCAUAAGCGCUUUAAAGUGAGCGAGGAGCGGGUGAAGGAGCACAUCAGCAUGCUGGGCCUCCUGCAGCAGCCCGGCGUCGGCGUGGAGAUGCUGGCCGGCGACCCCGCCGACGACCCCUACGACUUCAAGGAGGGCGACAUCGAGUACAGCUUCCCCACCUCCAAGAGGCUCAAGGGCCAGGGGCGAGACCCCAACCGCAAGAGCAAGGGAGAGGAGAUGAAUGCCAACGGAGCAGUGCCUGAUGGGAAGGACGCCAUGUCCAUCUUCAGCAGCGCCCCCAAAUCAGAUGAAUCACCUCAAGACGACGCAGCAGCGAAAGCCAACGCUCCACUCACCCGGGAGACGGACCUGGUUGUCCUCUACUCUGACCUGGAGAACAUCUUUGAUGAGGAGGAGGAUGAGCUAGGGGGCACGCACCCGAACCAGCAGUCAGCACGGGCCGCGGUCCCAGGCUCAGAAGAGCGCCCCCUGGGCAAAGAGGGGAGAGUUGCAGUGCCGUACCCUUCAACAGUAGCAGACCUCCAGCGCAUGUUCCCCACGCCGCCGUCGCUGGAGCAGCACCCGGCCUUCUCCCCCAUCAUGAUCUACCGGGACACGCCCAGCCAGGAGCCUCCGCCGCCCUCCACCGGCCUGGACCACCCGCUCGGCCCCAUGGCCUCCACCCAGCUGGCCGACUUCAGGAUGGAGGUGGAGGAGUGCCUGGCCAGCCCCAGACCAGAGGACAUACGAGACUUCUCAUUUGUCUACCGUGUCCCUCCCGUCCAGCCACAGAUGGGCUGCUCCAUGUUCGCACCACUGCGGACCCUGCCCAGUCAGUGCCUGCCGCCGCUCAAGAUCCCAGACAGCUGCUACUACCGGCCCUCCUGGACCCUCAUGCCCAAGAUGGAGCCCUACAGCCUCCCCUCCCAGGCCCCCUUCAUCAGGGAUGGCUAUGUUAACGUGCCCAGUGUGAACAACAUGCUGGAGCAGGACUAUGGGCAGAUGAGUGUGGUGAGUGUGGCGUCCGUGGGUACGGCCGGCGGCGGUGUCCUGCCCUCCCCCUCCCCGGCCACACCGCGCUUCUCUGUGCCCACUCCCCGCACCCCGAGGACCCCACGUGGCGGCCCGGGCAACGCCAGCGGCCAGGGCUCCGUCAAGCAGGAGGGCGGGGUGCCCACGGGCGGCGGCACGGAGCUCAGCUCGCCCGCCUCCACGCCGGCCUCGUCCAGCCUGCCGCUGAGCUCGGUGGAGCAGGGCGGCACGGGCGGCCGGGGCUCUUUCCUGGCGCUGCCCGAGGCGCACAGCCUCUACGCCGUGCUGCUGCUGUCCGACUCGGUGCUGGACGUCUUCAAGGACCGCAACUUCGACAGCUGCUGCAUCUGCGCUUGCAACAUGAACGUCAAGGGCGCCGACGUGGGCGUCUACAUCCCCGACUCGACGCGCGAGGACCAGUACCGCUGCAUGUGCGGCUUCAGCGCCAUCGCCAACCGACGCCUGGCCCACGGCGCGGGCCUCUUCCUGGAGGACGAGCUGGACAUCUUCGGCCGCGGCUCGGAGGUGGGGCGCGCUGCCGAGCGCCGUCUGGCGCUGUGCCGACGCGAGUUACCCGUCUGCGAGCCGCCUGCCGUGUCCAAAAACUCCAAACGGCUGCCGCAGAGCGACUCGUCCUCGUCGUCCUUCGCGCUGACGGCGGUGAUGGUCCAGCUGCAGGCGCAGUGCUCGCAGCCCCUGGCCUCGCUCUCCUCGCUGCACCUGUCGCCCGCUUGCUCCUGCCACGGCCGGCGCGGGGCACUGCUGCAGAGCUGGGCGGCUGACCGCCUGUGGGCCGACGGCAGCGACGCCUGUGUGGAGUGCUACAACGCGCUGGUGCAGGGCCAGCAGUACGUGGACAACCCCGCCGGGGGCAAGGUGGACCAGGCCAUCGUCCGGAGCAGUGCGCUGCACUCCUGGCCACACACAUCAGUGUUGGACAUCAGCACGCUGUCCUCCCAGGACGUGGUGAGGAUGCUGCUGUCCCUGCAGCCCUUCCUGCAGGACGCCAUCCAGAAGAAGCGCACAGGCCGGACCUGGGAGAACAUCCAGCAUGUGCAGGGGCCACUCACGUGGCAGCAGUUCCACAAGAUGGCAGGCCGAGGGUCCUACGGUUCGGAGGAAUCCCCCGAGCCACUGCCCAUCCCCACGCUGAUGCUUGGUUACGAUAAGGACUUCCUGGCGCUGUCGCCGCUGGCGUUGCCCUUCUGGGAGAAGCUGCUGUUGGAGCCCUACGGCGGCCACAGGGACGUGGCCUUCCUAGUGCUCUGCCCCAACAGCGCCGCCCUGCUGGCUGGAGCCCGCACCUUCUUCCAGGAGCUCAGUGCUGUGUACGAGACGUGUCGACUAGGGAAGCAUCGACCCCUGGCCAAGGUGUCCCGUGACGGGCUGGUGCACGUGGGGGACACUCAUGAGGGCGAGCGCGUGGAGGAGGACGAGCUGGUGGAGCAGUGGUUCACCGGGCCCUGGAGCGGCCAGCACCAGGAGGACAACAUGCGCAAGCUCAAGCUCUACGCACACGCCUGCCGGAAGCAGCUGGCUCCCCAGCUUGCUGGUCUGUCGAUAGACUCCAGCCUCCUGGUGCCUCCCAAAGCCCAGCCUCCCCCCUCUCAGCCUGCCUCCAGCGGCGGUCAGGCUGCUCCAGGUUCCGGUGCUGCAGAGGGGGACCCAGCAGCAGCUGCCCCCAGCACAGGCAGCACGUCCCUGGGGUCGAGCUCAGGCCAGCAGGGCAGUGGUGAGCUGGGACAGGGGGGUGGCGGCGAGGCCAAGAGUGGGGCGAACCCCACGUCCUCGUCCACACCAGCACCUGCCCAGCCCACAGAGACCUUAGAGAGCAUUGCGGAGCGCGAGCGCAUCGGCAUCCCCACGUUGGCGGACGCAGCCGACAGCCAUGCCCACCCGCCGGCCAUCGUGCUGUACGUGGUCGACCCCUUCCUGUGUGGAGGCGGGGCCGGGACGGGUGGGGGUGGAGAGGGGGAGGAGCAGGAUGUGGAAGGAGGAAGUGUGUGGAUGCUGGCGCUGCUGAGGUGCUUCACCGAGCUGCUCCAACUGCUGCCGGAGAACAUGAGGCCUGCGCUCACACUACAGGUGGUGCCAUGUCAGUACCUCCUGCAGCCUGCGAGUGGUGAGAACCCCCUGUACCUGCAGCAGCUGCGCUCCCUGGCCUUCUCCACCUACUCUCAGUGCAGACGCCUGCUGCCCACGCAGACACACAUCAAGUCCCUCACGGGCUUCGGACCCGCGUCCACCAUCGACAAGACCCUCAACAACACACAGGACCCCAAUCCUCCUAUGCAGGUGUUCUCUCCCCCGUUCAUCUUGGGCCCCACGCGCAGCAAGCAGCCGGAACCGGGGGAGGCCUGGGCUGAAGCGGCGCCCCGCUACAAUGUGCUCUUUGUGGGCUACUGCCUGUCGCACGACCAGCGCUGGAUCCUGGUGUCCUGCACCGACCAGCAGGGGGAGCUACUGGAGACCUGUAUCAUCAACAUCGACGUGCCCAACAGGUCACGACGGCCGAAGUUCUCUCCACGCAAGAAAGGCCUGGAGAAGCUUUGGGAGUGGUGCAUAGGAAUCAUCCAGAUGACAUCGAUGCCUUGGAGGAUUGUGAUUGGUCGGUUGGGUCGUCUUGGCCAUGGAGAGCUGAAGGACUGGAGUUCUUAUCUGGGGGAGCACUCUCUGCACUCAGUGAGUCGGCAGCUGAGGGAGGCGUGCCGGAUGUGUGGCAUCUCGGCCAGCGACUCGCCCUCCAUCCUCAGUGCCUGCCUCGUCUCCAUGGAGCCGCAGGGGUCCUUUGUGGUCAUGCCAGAUGCUGUGACCAUGGGUUCGGUGUUUGGCCGUAGCACGGCGCUGAACCUGCAGACGUCCCAGCUGAACACCCCACAAGACGCCUCCUGCACUCACAUCCUGGUCUUCCCCACCUCAGCCACCAUACAGGUGGCCCCCAGCUCCUACCCCACCGAGGACAACCCAGACGACAUGUUUGGUCUGCCUUUCCCCGACGAGCUGGAGAACGACAUCGGCCACGACAUGAUGCUGAUCACGGGCAACCUGCACCCAUCGCCCAACACCUCCCCCGUGCCCUCGCCAGUCUCGCCCUCGGGCAUCGGAAUGGGCUCCCACUUCCAGCACACACGGAGUCAGGGUGAGAGGCUGUUGUCGCGCGAGUCUCCCCCUGAGGAGCUGAAGCAGCAGCCACUGGCUCUGGGCUACUACGUGUCCACGGCUCGCGCUGACGGCCUGCCCCAUUGGUUCUGGGCCUCCUGCCCGCAAGCACAGAAUCAGUGCCCACUCUUCCUCAAGGCGUCCCUGCACCACCACAUCUCUGUGGCCCAGACAGACGAGCUGCUGUCCAGUAAGAGCUCUCAGAGGAGCCCCCAUCCGCUCGACUCCAAGACCACAUCCGACGUGCUCAGGUUUGUGUUGGAGCAGUACAACGCCCUCUCCUGGCUGACCUGCAAUCCUGCGACGCAGGACCGGCGCUCCUGCCUCCCCGUCCACCUGACUGUCCUCACACAGAUGUACAACGCCAUCUUCAACAUGCUCUAGAGAUGCACACACACACACACACACACACACACACACACAUACUGCAGGAUGCAAACAGAGACCAGACAUGGACAACAAACUGCCGUCACCCAUCCAGAACCCCCCGUCAUCCUCACAGGAAGAAAAGGGGGGCCUGGCUAGGUCUCUUUGCCGCACCCGAAAGUCUCAGGGGGAGGAGGGUUGAACAGCCAUACCCAGCGAUGUUUGCUCAGCGUCUGAACAAAAACAGAUGGCAAACGCAGUGCGGUCUUCACUGUGGUCUGGAUGUGUCUGACACAUACGCAUGUAUGCGUGGCCAUUCCUAUGACCCUAACCCUGUCAUCACGUCACCCCUUUAAAAAGAACCACUAAUAUGCCAACAAGUGCAAGCCAAGCCAGGAGACAAGAAGGGGAACAGGAAUCCACAGGGUCUGUCUGUCUGUGCGUUUCAGUGGAGUCUUGUGCAGAUGGCUGGGAGGUAUAUACAUGAAUGGGAUAAUGAGACUUUACAUUACCAUAUCCUCAAACUCACGUGGGAAGAUGGCCGCCGCCUCCUGUUGGAGCUGGACGAUCGGCCCGACGAUCGGACCUCUUGUCACUGAAGUGUCUCCCUGGAGAGGCACACACUAGUAUGGAGAUGUCAAUCAUGUUUGCUUUAUUUUCCAAGUGUUUAAGUCACUGUACAGAUUGUUCUUAGUGCGGGGCAUUCGUAAAAAACCCUAAAUCUACAAAAAAUAUAUAUCGAAAGCCAAUGUUUUUCACAAACGGCAAAUGUUCAAUACUGGCACUUUUAAUGCAACGAUUUUUAGAAGUGACAAAUUUAUGGUUGUAGGUAUGAAUUCACAUUGAGAGAUAUUUGACAAAGAAAUUGUGAAAAAGCUAAAUUUAAAAAAAUGUUUAUAGUACUAAACUGACAUUUGCAAAAAAUUAUGACUAUUUUUUAAUAAUGAAAGUAGGAAAAGCAAAUAAAAAGAAUUUUCCAAAUUUAAUACAAUCGCCUUGUGAUCAGAAAUGUUGACUAAGGACAGUUGCUAAAAUUGUUGAGAUGCCAUAUUUAUAUAUACAUAUAUAGAUAUAUAGAUAUAUAUAAAAAGAUAUUAUAUCUAGCUGUACAAAUAAACAUAUUAUAUAUUAUACCUCUUGGAAACAGCCACAGAUUAUGAUGGUGGUUUACACAGAGACUUCUUAAGAGGUAAAUACAGUAUAAAUAUUUUAUCAAAAAGGCAAUGCAUUUCAGUUGGCUCUAUGCUUAUUAUUAUUUUUGUGUUUUCAUUUUAUUGUUACAAAUACAAAAUGUUUAACCAUUUUUAUUUAAUGAGUUAAGUUAAUAACUAAACAAAGCAGGGAAGAUAUAUUUAUUAAGUAUUUGUCUUCUCCUGUAAAAUAAACUUGAAAUAGGCAAUAGAUUUUAAAGAAUUGUGUGUAUUUGCGCAUUAAAAAAUAUUGUAUAUUUAACUAAUAUGCAUUAUUUUCAGAGGUGGUUCAUAAAAGAUGUCGAGCAAAUCAUCAGUUUUAUAGCCUGUUUUGUUUAUUUGUUUGUUUUGGUGUUUUGCUUCUUUUCUGCCGCCUUUACCGAUGCAAUCUGGCAAUUUGUACAAUUCCUUGCAUGUCUGUAUAUACACUUUUCAGCGUUCUUUUUUUAUUUUAUUUUAAUAAUUCUAAAAGCUGUAUAUUUCAUUCCAGUUUGAUUUUAUUUUAUUCUGUGUGAUUCCUAUGAAGUAUUUUUUUGCUGUGCGCUUUUUUUACAUAUAUACACACAUACAAAUAUUAUAUCAGCCUCAUUCAGACACAGCCAAGAGAGAGAGAGAGAGAGCAUUGCCAAGAAUUGUACACUUCAGAGCAGAAAUGUGCAAACUUUGCAAAAAUUUGUUACAUCUGCCAUCAUUUUGAAUAUCAAUCAGAUCUAACUUGGGGUAGAGAUCUGUAUCUUUUACACUCUUUUUUAGUAAAUUAUUAAAUCCUUGAAAAAA